GGUUUUGGAUCAGAUCAAUCAACACAAAUCAAAAACGAUACACGACUCUUGAUUAGGUAAUCGAGAAAUUGAAAAUCGCCAAUGAGUUCUUCAGAGACUGGGGAAAACGAGUGCAUGUGUUGGGCGGCAAAAGAUCCAUCUGGUCUUCUUUCUCCUCACAAAUUCACUCGCAGGUCUGUUACAAGUGACGAUGUUUCACUCAAAAUCACUCAUUGUGGAGUGUGUUACGCUGAUGUUAUCUGGACUAGAAACCAACAUGGAGACUCUAAGUACCCUUUGGUUCCUGGGCAUGAGAUUGCUGGAAUAGUGACUAAGGUUGGGCCUAAUGUUCAACGAUUCAAAGUUGGAGACCAUGUUGGUGUUGGAACGUAUGUUAACUCCUGCAGGGAGUGUGAAUAUUGUAACGACGGACAAGAAGUUAAUUGUGCAAAAGGAGUUUUUACUUUCAAUGGUAUCGAUCAUGAUGGCUCUGUUACUAAAGGAGGCUACUCCAGCCACAUUGUUGUUCAUGAGAGGUACUGCUACAAGAUACCUGUGGACUAUCCCUUGGAAUCAGCUGCACCAUUACUCUGUGCUGGAAUCACGGUUUUUGCGCCUAUGAUGCGUCACAAUAUGAAUCAACCUGGUAAAUCUCUUGGGGUGAUUGGGCUAGGUGGUCUUGGGCACAUGGCAGUUAAAUUUGGCAAGGCUUUUGGACUUAGUGUUACGGUUUUUAGCACCAGCAUUUCCAAGAAAGAGGAAGCUUUGAAUCUGCUGGGAGCUGAGAAUUUUGUUAUCUCGUCUGACCAUGAUCAGAUGAAGGCACUAGCGAAAUCUCUAGACUUUAUCAUUGAUACAGCAUCUGGUGAUCACGCGUUUGAUCCUUACAUGUCUCUCUUGAAGAUUGCUGGAACUUAUGUCCUGGUUGGUUUCCCAAGUGAAAUUAAAAUCAGUCCUGCCAAUCUCAAUCUUGGUAUGAGAAUGCUCGCGGGAAGUGUAACCGGGGGUACCAAAAUAACACAGGAAAUGAUAGAUUUCUGUGCAGCUCAUAAGAUUUACCCAAACAUAGAGGUAAUUCCUAUUCAGAAUAUAAACGAAGCUCUCGAAAGAGUGGUGAAGAAGGACAUCAAGUAUCGUUUCGUGAUUGACAUCAAGAACUCCCUGAACUGAAUGAGCUGCGAAGAAAUGACGAAUCCUUGUCUCAUUUAGAGGCAUCUCUGAAAGUCAAUAAAUCUAAUAACUAAAAAACUUGUAUCUUUGAGCCUGUAAUAGAAUAAUACACACUGCUACAAUCUUUAUUUGUUCUCUUGUCCUU